CGUGUGGGAAAUUGGACCCAUUUGGAAGAUGGUAACCAAGCGGGCAGAGCCAGUCACCAUCAUCAGCCUUCGGAAGCUGAGCCUGGGAGCCCCGGAGCCACAGCCGAAAGAGCCAAAGACCUUCACCGUGGAAGAGGCCGUGGAGACCAUCGGAUUCGGGCGUUUCCACAUCGCCCUGUUUCUGAUCAUGGGCAGCACUGGGGUUGCCGAGGCCAUGGAGAUCAUGUUAAUAGCGGUUGUGUCUCCUGUCAUCCGCUGUGAAUGGCAGCUGAAGAACUGGCAGGUGGCAUUAGUGACCACGAUGGUGUUUUUCGGCUACAUGGUCUUCAGUAUCCUCUUUGGCCUCCUGGCUGACAGAUACGGCCGCUGGAAGAUUUUGUUCAUCUCGUUCCUGUGGGGAGCCUACUUCUCCUUGCUGACCUCUUUCUCUCCUUCAUACAUCUGGUUUGUCUUCCUGCGGACACUCGUGGGCUGUGGCGUGUCUGGCCAUGCACAAGGGAUCAUCAUAAAGACUGAAUUUCUGCCAACGAAAUACCGAGGCUACAUGCUCCCCUUGUCUCAGGUUUUCUGGCUUGCUGGGUCCCUGCUCAUCAUCGGCCUGGCCUCCGUGGUCAUCCCCACCAUCGGGUGGCGCUGGCUCAUCCGCAUCGCCUCCAUUCCUGGCAUCAUCCUCAUCUUGGUCUUCAAGUUCAUUCCCGAAUCUGCUCGGUUCAAUGUCUCCACCGGGAACACCCAGGCUGCCCUGGCGACGCUGCAACACAUCGCCAAGAUGAACCGCUCGGUCAUGCCGGAGGGGAAGCUGGUGGAGCCCAUCCUGGAGAAAAGAGGAAGAUUUGCAGACUUGUUGGAGGCUAAAUACUUACGGACCACGCUGCAGAUCUGGGUCAUAUGGCUAGGCAUCUCCUUCGCCUACUACGGGAUCAUCCUGGCCAGCACUGAGCUGCUGGAGCGGAACCUGGUCUGUGGUUCGGGGUCCGAGGUGGUGAUGAGCGUGGGGGGCCCAGAGGAGAGCACAGAGGGAAGCCAGAGCCCCUGUUACUGCCACAUGUUCAGCCCUUCCGACUACCGGACCAUGAUUAUCAGCACCGUUGGUGAAAUCGCUUUGAACCCUCUAAACAUCCUGGGCAUUAAUUUCCUGGGCAGACGGCUGAGCCUUUCCAUCACCAUGGGAUGCACGGCUCUGUUCUUCCUUCUCCUCAAUAUCUGCACUUCAAGUGCCGGCCUCACGGGCUUCCUCUUCACGCUGAGGGCUUUGGUGGCAGCCAACUUCAACACCAUCUACAUUUACACUGCUGAGGUCUACCCCACCGUGAUGCGCGCUCUGGGGAUGGGGAUCAGCGGCUCCCUGUGUCGCAUUGGGGCAAUGGUGGCACCUUUUAUAUCCCAGGUUCUCAUGAGCGCAUCAUUGCUGGGGGCCCUGUGUCUUUUUUCCUCAGUCUGUGUUAUAUGUGCCAUUUCUGCAUUUACUCUCCCCAUUGAGACCAAAGGCCGGGCCCUACAGCAAAUAAAAUGAAGACAUGAAAUCUGUCUACCAAAGAAGAAAAACUCAUUUUAUCUUCACCAAGAGCUGUGGUACAAUUUUAAAAACCGGAUUUCAUUUCUGUAUGUUACUUAAAAUUAAGAAACUGAUUAAACAAAGUA